UUUCAGGGGUAAAAUCGUCACUGCAUAUAACCCCUCUCGCUUCUUCUCCGGCGGUCCGUCCGAUGGCAUGUAUGGCUUCCCUCUCACCAGACGCUUUUCCGUCUCUGGAAAAUGUACGCGUACGGGACUCGUGGAACACCAUUGAAGGAAGGAACGACGCCGGGAGACCAGUCUACUUUCCAAUUUUCUCAAAUCAUCCCGUUUAGAACGAGUUCAUCGCAGGAAUUUUUGUUUGGCGCGAUUCUGGUUCAUCGAUUAUUCAUGCCUAACAAUCAUGUUUCCGCGAAUCGGACGAUCCAUAUAUCUGCAAUCUCGCGCCUCUCUCGGUAAAGUUGCUUGUUCCGGCGGUUAUCGAGUUCGAGCAACGACGCUCGCCAAUUCCUCUGCGAGCAACAACGGAUUCGCAUCAUAUGGAAAUGGCAGGUCUGGAUUCCUUGGGAGCUAUUUAACAUCGAUUGGAGCCGGUAAACGUGUUUCGAAGGACUUCGACUCCAUUUUCACAAAUUCCAUUCUGCGGAGGCUUUUCUGCAGCAAAGUGCCGAAGAAUAAGAAUUAUAAUAACUAUCGUCCAAAGAAGAAAUUCAAAGCUCCAAAAACAAGAAAUCAAAAGGCUGAGGUUAAAGAGGACGCCGCAGAAAAAUGGAAUAACUCUGAAACAUCAAAGCAACUCCGGCAAAGCCUUAUGCCGUUGUUGCUGAUUGCUUAUGUCUUAUUUGUAGGAGCUUUUGUUCCCGAUAAUCACACAAAGAUAAGUUUCCAAGAGUUCAAGAACCAGCUUCUGGAGCCGGGGAUUGUGGAUCACAUUGUUGUUUCAAAUAAAUCAGUCGCAAAAGUAUACCUAAAGAGCUCACCUUCGAAUGAUGGUCAAAACAGAGACAAACAUGUUGAUGGUCGAGUUGGGGAUACGAAUCCUUCCAGAACUGCAAGCCAUUAUAAAUACUACAUUAGCAUUGGAAGCGUCGAAUUUUUUGAGGAGAAGCUUGAGGAAGCACAGGCGGCAUUAGGGGUCGAUCCUCACGAUUACAUUCCGGUCACUUAUGUUUCUGAGGUGAAUUUGGUUCAAGAAUUAUCGAAAUUUGGCCCGACAUUGCUGCUUCUCGGAGCUCUUAUCUACCAGGCAAGGAAAAAUGGCGUUGGAGGUAUUGGAGAUCCUGGUGGCAAAGGGGGCCGAGGAAUUUUCAAUAUUGGAAAAGCGAAGGUCACGAAGAUGGAUAAGAACUCCCCGAAUAAGGUGUACUUUAAGGACGUCGCCGGCUGCGAUGAGGCGAAACAAGAAAUUAUGGAGUUUGUUCAUUUUCUAAAGAAUCCGAAUAAGUACGAAGAUCUUGGCGCAAAAAUUCCAAAGGGUGCUCUUCUUGUCGGCCCUCCCGGGACUGGAAAAACGCUUCUUGCUAAAGCAACUGCCGGAGAAUCCGGUGUUCCGUUUCUCUCGAUAUCCGGAUCAGAUUUCAUGGAAAUGUUUGUCGGAGUCGGGCCAUCUAGAGUUCGAAGCUUAUUCCACGAGGCGAGGCAAUGUGCGCCGAGCAUAGUCUUCAUCGACGAAAUCGACGCAAUAGGACGAGCGCGAGGGCGCGGUGGAUUCUCUGGAGGCCACGACGAGCGCGAGAAUACGUUAAAUCAAUUGCUCGUCGAGAUGGAUGGGUUUGGAACCACCGCCGGUGUUGUUGUGCUUGCGGGCACGAAUCGCGCCGAUAUUUUGGAUAAAGCCCUGUUAAGGCCGGGGCGUUUCGACCGUCAGAUCAGCAUCGAUAAGCCUGACAUCAAGGGCCGCGAUUGUAUCUUCCGUAUCUAUCUCAGUAAGCUGAAGCUCGAUCAAGAUCCGUCGUAUUACUCACGCAGGCUUUGCGCUCUAACGCCGGGAUUUGCUGGGGCUGAUAUCGCCAACGUUUGUAACGAGGCUGCUCUAAUCGCCGCAAGAACCGAUAGCACGGUGAUAACGAUGCGGCAUUUUGAGGCCGCGAUCGAUCGCGUCAUUGGAGGACUCGAGAAGAAGAACAUGGCUAUCAGCCAGAUGGAGCGUCGAACUGUCGCCUACCACGAAGCCGGCCAUGCCGUCGCCGGAUGGUUUCUAGAACACGCCGAGCCGUUGCUUAAGGUCACGAUCGUUCCCCGUGGCACGGCAGCACUCGGGUUUGCUCAGUAUGUUCCGAACGAAAACUAUCUGAUGACAAAAGAGCAACUCUACGACAUGACGUGCAUGACGUUAGGCGGCCGCGCGGCCGAGCAGGUCUUGCUCGGGAAGAUCUCAACUGGCGCACAAAACGAUCUCGAGAAGGUUACGAAAAUGACGUACGCUCAAGUCGCUGUCUACGGUUUCAGCGACAAAGUUGGGCUACUCUCCUUCCCUCAAAGGGAAGACGGUUUUGGAUGGACCAAACCUUACAGCAGCAACAUGGCUGCAAUAAUCGACGACGAAGUUAGAGAGUGGGUCGGGAAAGCGUACGCUCAAACAGUCGAGCUGAUCGAGGAACGCAAAGAUCAGGUCGCGCAAAUUGCCGAGAUGUUGCUGGAGAAAGAAGUAUUGCAGCAAGAAGAUUUAGUUCGAGUGCUCGGCGAACGCCCUUUUAAAAACAUCGAGCCAACAAAUUACGAUAAGUUCAAACAAGGAUUUGUCGAAGACAUUGAGACAAUAGACGGCCCAAAACAUGAAAUCGCGCGUGACGAUGGUUUGUAGCCAUUGCGACCGGACUUCGUCGCUCCUCUUUGAUCCGGCCGUCCGAGCCAUCGGUUCGACGGUGAAGAUCGCGCGUUUUUUAAGUUUGUAUAAAGUUUUUGUAAGUUUUUUUUGUAUAGCUAAAGCGAAGACUUGCCCUGUAUAUAGUAACAAUGUUUGUAUUCAUUAUGCAUCGUGUUCGUAUUG